GUCAAUACCUACAAAAUCAAAUAGGUAUUGUUGACGCGUGUUUAACUUCGGGGUGGAAUUAUCUCCUGUUAGUUUAUUUAGAACUUUGUUGUUUAAUUAAUAAUUUGUGAUAAUGUCAGGCCAAAACGUGAACGUGUGCGAUAUUGGCGAAGAUGUAAAAGAGGUUUUGAAAAAGUUCCGUUUCCAAAAACAUACGGCAAAUGCUGCGUUAAUUUUGAAGGUGAACAGAGAAAAGCAAGCGCUGGAGGUUGAUGAAGAACUCGAAAAUGUGGAACUGGAAGAGCUGCAGGACAUCCUCCCCUCACACCAGCCUAGGUUUAUUGUCUACAGCUACAAGAUGGAACACAGCGACGGGCGGACUUCGUUCCCCAUGUGCUUCAUAUUCUACACGCCGCGCGACGCGCACAUGGAAUUGCAGGUGAUGUACGCGGCCACGCAACGCGCGCUGGCGGCCGCCGUGGGCGCGCCUCGCCUGCUGGAGGUGCGCGAGAUUGACGAGCUCACCAACGACUGGCUCAACGACAAGUUGCGCCGGUAGAGCCGCCACGCCGAACAAACUCCAGCUGGUACACACCUCUAUCAUAACUGGAAAUACAACUGGAUGACGCUCUCAUUAUUAUCAACCGAUUACCAGCCCUAUACAGAACCCGGCUUCUAUCUCAGAAUGAAAAACGUUUGAGCCGUACUUACAUGAGUUUACCAAAUUUAAAAACGACCUUGAGAAUUUCAAUAUCUAAGCAGGAAUAAAACACCAUACACCUUAUUGCGUCAAUCGAUUUAUUAACGAGCGCCCGCCAGGUUACAGGAUCGCCGGUACCACAUAUUUUAUAUUACAAGAAUACUAUGGAGGGUUAGGUACUUCACGAUGUUUUUCCUCACCCUUAGGAGCAAGAGAUAUUUAAUUUUUCAAAACUGGGUAUCAAACUCUGCCUUUUCAAAAGAAAGGGUGAAGUCCUAACGGCUGCAAUAUCGCCCUAUAAUGUGACACUGUAAUCCGACUCUUCGAUGAACUAAAUCAUUAUAUUACUUAUUAGUUCAAAAGACACUCGUACUUCAUAUGUGGCGCUUCUGUUGGGGACGAAAUUAAAGCUGUAAUGUGUAUAGAGGAAGACAGUCCUGUGUACUAUAAAGGUCAGUAGCUUCUUAUAUUUUGUAAACACAGAAAUAAAUGCUUUAUUUUUAUCGGACAGUUUAAAGCGGCUGUCGAUUUUCUUAUUUUCUAUUUAACAGGUUCUAAUGUACUAUAAUUUUCAGGGGUUCCGAGUCCAAAUUUUGAGAUUUUCUAUCUACGUCUGCCUAAAUGUUUACUACGAUUGCUAUGGAAGCCGCCGAAAUAAGAGCGCCAUCUAGCGACAGUAUAGUUUUACAGUAUUGAAACUAGGUGCCGCUCCUUCGAUAUCAUAUAAUUUGUAUUAAACCUUUAUACGAUCGAAUAAGUAAACGUAGAUAGAAAAUCUUAUAUAUGACACCCUGAAGGCAAACAAGGAUCCAUUAUAGUAAUUCUUUCUAUAUAGUUUCGUCAGCUAUGUUUAAAUAUCUAUCUUUUUGUCCUGGCCAGUUUACGCUGAAACUAUUAUUGCUAAAUUCAUAAACAUACAAACAGAAUCUUGUUGGAGUUACAUAUUAAUCUAAAUUUGAAAAAAAAACUAAAAUUAGGAUAUUUUCCAAAGAUGGAUUAUCAGCAUAUUCCUAGCACAUGAAUACCCCUAGGGUGGACUAGAUAAAAAAAUAGGUUCAUUUGUUUAUGUGAUUGGCCUGAAUAAACAGUCAGACAGAGAUUUUCAUUUCAUAGAUUUUGAUGUAAGAAAUCAGAUGAGAAAGAAUCAGAGACAGCCCUAACAUCACAUACAAAACUAAAAUCAAGUGACUCCUGUAACUUUAUUAGGUACG